AUGGUAUCCCCAAAAAGUGGCACCCCCUGGCUUCAAGCCUGUGUUUGUGGGAGAUGGAGGUGCCGCCACAGCUGUCCCCAAGCCCGAGCCAUGCAGCCGCCACUUCCGCCCUACGAGGUGCUGCCGACCGAGGUGAGCAUGGAGGAGAUGUCCCGGAGCACCACGGUGAUGGUGGAGGAGACGCAGCAGCAGCCGCCGCCGCCCCGGGACCACCUGGUGUGGUCCCUGUUCACCACCCUGUACGGGAACUUCUGCUGCCUCGGCCUCCUGGCGUUCGUCUUCUCCGUCAAGUCCAGGGACCGCAAAGUGCUGGGUGACUACAGCGGGGCCCUGAGCUACGGCUCCACGGCCAAGUACCUGAACAUCACAGCCCUGGUGAUCAACAUCUUCAUUGUCGUCAUUGUCAUUGUCUUCGUCUCCCUGGCCAUCGCCGGGGUCUUCAGCCACCGCCAACCCUACGGGUACAGCUACGGCCCCACUUAAGUGCUCUCCUUGCCCGCGGGUUGUGCUUCCCUCCCCGGCGCCAGCCCGGGGCUGGAGCCACAAUCCAUGACAAUCCACGACAAUCCACCAAUCCACGUGCCUCACCCGGAGCCUGCUGCUCUCCUGUCCCUCGUCCCUCCCCACUCGGAGCUUUUGUGGUGGCUGCCCUGGCUGGAGCCGUCUGGGGAUGGACACGGCGCCCCAGAGAGCAGCUGAGCACCCCAACCCUGCCACAGCCUGCUUGGAGCCCCAGCUGCCUCCUCAAAACAGUUCUGAGGAGAAGCGCCCAGUUCAGAGAAACCCUGCUCCCCUGAAAUAAAAGUUUCUUUCACUUUU